AUGACACCGAGCGCCGCCGAGCUCACCCGGCGCGUCCUGCUGGGGCUGGAGGUGUGCGUCGUCAUCUUGGCGACGCUUCACUCUGCCCACGCCAUGCUGACUGCUAGUCGUCUGCGGACGCUGCAGUGUGCCGUGAGCGGCGACUGCGAGGAGCAACCAGAUGAAGACGCCACGAGCCUCGUCACCUCGGGCCUGGCACUUGCCAUUCUCUCCAGCGUCGUCCUCCUCGCCCGCCUCGCGCUGCUACAGCUGCGCUAUUUCCCCCGGUUCGUCGGGCUGCUCUACGACACGCUUAUGGCCUGCCUCUGGGCGUUGGGGCUGGCGCAGCAGCUUGUGCGGCCGCUCGCGACGGCACGCAAUCUCAGCGCCGGCGGUCUCGUCGUCGAAGAAACGGACGGCGUCGUGCUGACGUGCUGGCGAGUGCGCGCCGCCGCCGUGGCCGCGACCGCGACCGCCUUUUACGCGGGUCGGCUGCUGUUUGAGUUAAUUUUCAUAUGGAACGGACGCGCGCCGCCGAACGACUACCGACCGAUCCAACAGGACGACAAUGAAUGGUGGGCGAUGGAAAAGGAAGACGUCGAGACUGCCGCGCUGUAUCCGCCGCAGGCGUAUAGUCCGGUUUUGGCCUUUUUUCCCGACGACUGA